CAUGUGACUUCAGGAGUUUUAAAAAAGCAGGCCAACCUGUCCAAGGGUACAAGCAAUCUCCGGAGGAGCAGGGAUGAGAAAAGCUGGGCUGUCGGCAAAGCAGCAAACACCGACAGCCCCACAGAGCUGCGGGGCUCUAUUUCAGACCUCCCUGGACUGUCCGCGUCUUUGACAAAAUGAGCUGCAGCAGCGUUGCAGAAUCCGAGUUUUCGGAGGAAGAGCUGGAGCUCGGUGCUCUAGGCCAAGGUGAGAGCGAGGGAAGUCCCAAAGCGUCGUUCCAGGACAGCGAAAGCUCUACUGGCAGCCCGAGCGACCCAGAGGAGGACCUGACCAAGAAGCGCAAUCGGCCGGUUCGGUCCAAAGCUCGACGUAUGGCAGCCAAUGUCCGUGAGAGGAAACGCAUCAUGGACUAUAACCAGGCUUUCAAUGCUCUUCGGGUCGCCUUGAACCAUGACCUUAGCGGUAAACGGCUGUCAAAGAUCGCCACGCUGCAGAGGGCCAUCAAUCGGAUCUCAGCUCUCUCUGUGUUCCUGAGCACUAACCCACCCAGCAAACCUUGCACCCACCGGGAAUGUAACAGGUCAUCGGCAGGGAUGGCACCGAUGGCAGCCUCACGACUGGAGCAGACUAGGGUGACCAUCCCUCGUCUGGAGCAUCCAAAUUAUGCUCCCUGGCACACGUCCAUCUCCCAGCAACCGCAGCAGGGGCCUCACUUGUACAGGUGCCCCACGGAGCCUCACGUCUACGUAGAUACCAGUGUCUCCUCGUGCCCCCCGUCACCACAUUACCCUUGUUAUCCCACAGAAGGACAGCUUUACGCUUCACGAGGCCAUUGCGGCAGCUCUCACGAACAUCCACCAAGCCCCCUGCGGUUCUCUCAGGUGGGUGACGGGUUGGGGUACCAGCCUGGAUUAUGGGGAUCCUGCACUCAGGGUUACAUUGACACUUUUGUGGAGCCAUCUGCAGCUUUGGGACUUCCCUGGCAGGUGAACUACAUGCAGGAGCAGGAACACAACCUCUCUUUGGGCGCACAAACCCUUUAAGAGGUCGGCGACAAGGCGGACCUGACCACUGCUAUGAAUGUCGUCGAUCCAUGGAAUUAUCUCAGGGACGAUUUUGGUUUCUGGUAAUUGAUGGGCUCAGUAUUACAAUCCAGAUCUUGGUUGAAAUAAGUUGUCAGUCAAUUCAAAAAAGAGUGCAAUGAUGAGCUGCUGAAUGCUUUAAAAGAAUGAUCCGCUGUAUUUUAGAUCAUUCACACAAAAUGGUUGCAUUGUCAUUUACUGGUUACUGUGCAAAAGCUGUUACUUUUUAUCGCUGCAUAAGUAUUUACUGUAUGUGCUACACUGUUACAUAAUGCACACAUUUCUCUAAUGUAUUUAUUUCCACUUUUGUCAUACAAGUUGUGACGGUUUGUAUAUUUGUUGUCAUUUUCUUAACUUCCAAAUUAAAUAUUCAAAAACUA